CUAGUACACUGCAGCUACUACAGACCCCCAGCGCACAGUGCUGUGAUUCCUGAUGCUGGUUACCCCACCUCCUGACAUCAGGCACGCAGAGGGCAUGUCCAGCACAGGGUGUAGUGAGGCCACUAUUACAGUGUUCUGAAGCUGGAGGUCACUACAGCAGACUGAAGCACUUGUAAUGGAUAGCCUUCCGUUUGAUUUCAACUGCUGUUUGGAUCAGCAAAGCUGGAAUGAACCCAACAAAUGUAAAGGGUACGAACUUCCAAAGUAUGACCUUGCUUUAUUAUAUGGAGACACACAUGACGAAGGUUUUUACAGCCAAGGAUGGGGCCAAAAAAGGGCAAGAAGUGACCGGUCACCAGAAAAGGACAGUUCACCUGACCUUGCUGACCAGUCUGAGAUGCAGAUGAAAGUAGACUUUUUCCGUAAACUAGGUUAUACCUCAGACGAAAUCCAUGCGGUCCUGCAGAAUCUUGGUGUGGAUGCAGAUACAAAUUCUGUAUUGGGAGAGCUUGUGAAACACGGAGGAAACCCAGAACGAGAAGCUGUGCCAGAGGAGUCAACAGAUGCUGUUUUAAUACCUCGAGGGAGCAUGGGAGUAAAGGCAUCCACAACUUCAAAUGAAGAAAGUGAUAGUAACAACUUAAGACCAAUUGUCAUUGAUGGCAGUAAUGUGGCUAUGAGCCAUGGAAACAAAGAGGUGUUCUCAUGCCGUGGAAUAUUGCUGGCUGUCACCUUUUUUCUGGAAAGAGGACAUACAGAUGUCACAGUGUUUGUACCAUUGUGGAGAAAGGAGCAGCCCAGGCCUGAUAUGCCCAUUACAGAUCAACACAUUCUGACUGAACUUGAAAAGAAGAAAAUCCUGGUUUUCACGCCAUCUCGUCGAGUCAAUGGAAAACGGCUUGUGUGCUAUGAUGAUAGGUUUAUUGUAAAGUUGGCCUACAAGUGUGAUGGGGUCAUAGUCUCAAAUGAUAUCUACAGAGACCUCCAGAGUGAGAAGCCGGAAUGGAAGAAGUUCAUAGAGGAGCGGCUACUCAUGUAUUCCUUUGUCAAUGACAUAUUUAUGCCCCCAGACGAUCCUAUGGGACGAAAAGGUCCAAACCUGGAUGACUUCCUUAGAAAAAGACCUCUUGGACCAGAGAAUAAAAAAGUACAAUGUCCUUAUGGUAAGAAAUGCACCUAUGGAAUGAAGUGUAAGUUUUAUCACCCAGAAAGGAUAAACCAGACUCAGCGUUCUGUUGCUGAUGAAUUGCGCGAAAAUGCAAGAGUUUCUCCUACUAAGGGUACAACUUAUUCAGAGGAGAAAAAGACAAGGAAACCAUCAGUCGCAGAGAGUUCCACUGUGGAAUCAGAUAUCUCUUCUAUGCAGAAACUUCCUCUAGAGAGAACUGGGUCUUCCCAGAAAGCAAGAACAUUUGACAAAAAUGCCAUAAAACAUUAUUACAAGAACACUGGAGGUUCUGGAUGGUACCAACCAUCUGUCAGCUCAAAUGACUCCCUUACUCAUAGCUCAAAUGACUCUGGCAUGGAAUCAUGGCCAAGUAUAUCAAACAGUUUCUGUGACCAGUCACAUGACCCAACAGUAUACUGCAACUGUAGCCAGCAGAUGCCUUGCUGUCAUCAUAGAAGUGAUUUGGAUGCUGAUCAUCGCAAACACUAUAGUUCACAGAAAUUGGCUCCACAUGGUUCUCAUUCAGCACCUUACUUCCCUUAUAAUUCAUCUUCUCCAUGGUCAUCCCAAAACUCUUCACACCCUAUGUACAGAAAAGAAAUGUCUGACCCUUCUCCAGCUCACUGUAGCCUUCCACCUGACUAUAAAAACUCACCUACCCGUUCACUUAAGUAUUGGUCUGAACCAAGCCCCAUUCAUCUGUCCUCCACUAGACCACAGCCUAACUACCCAGUGUAUACGGCAAUUCCACCUUCGAGCACUGAUUACCAACAGUGGCAAAACUCUGACCAAUUUGCUGCAGAGAGAUUGAUUGUGCGUACUAAACUUUGUGCUAUCUUCCAAGCCUCAUUAGUUGAUCAGGUCAUGAAUAAGUUCCCACAACUGCUGGACCCACAAACUCUAGCAGCAGAAAUAUUUACUUUUAAAUCCAAAAACAGGAUGUGAAAGUAACUUGCUGUUGUAAAAGAAGCCUCUAGAUAAAUAAGAGCUGUACAAAUUGUGUCUCCCUUCACCAAAGUGGGUAACUUUAAUGACCUAGAUCUAGAAGUAGUCAUGAAUUAGACACAGGAGCAGUGAUGCAGUGUUGGCCACAAUUGUGCCCAAAAACAAAGGUGGCAUUUGCAUUCACAAAAGAAAGCUGCAAUAUGUAUACAUGCAAAGGAGAAACUGUUGGAAGAUGUAUGCAGGUUAGCCCCAGAGGCGUCUGAAUGG